CAUUCAUACGAAGCACUCGGCUUAGUACGGACGAAAAAACGGGUAACAAAUUUAUUUUUUCACCGCUUACAUUUCUCAAAUGAUUUUGUAAUUUUUCAAAAACCAAUUCUCGAAAUAUCGAUGUUAAGUAGGCGUAUGACUAAUAAUUCUCAACUUAUCUAACGUUAUUCAUCAUUUCAAACACAAACUCAGUUCGGUGCGGGCAGAAAAUAAACUCCCAACAAUUUUUUCAAGAUUUUUAUUAAAUUGUCUAAGCAAUAAUGCUGAUCGUCGAGAUGACCCCUUUGGAGAGAGCACUAAUGAAGUGCUCGUCAAUUAUUCGCAAGUGGGUGAAUAGUUCAUUAAGGGCGAAUAUCCAGUGCAUCGAGGAACUGGCAUCCGGAGCGGUCUACUGUCAGUUUAUGGACAUGGCCUUCGAGGGAGUUAUGCCACUCAAGGAUGUCAUCUUUGCGUCUAAUCGAAUAGUCGACUUCAGGAAGAACUUUAUAAUGCUGAAGAAAUGUAUAGAUGAACUACAAAUUCCGUUGAUGGUUCCCGUCGAGACUCUCGUUUGGUGCGACUUCGAUGCCAAUCUGCAUUUUGCCGCAGAUUUUUACGAUGCAUUCCAGGAUUUUAGCGCCGUCAACCCGGAACGGGUGAAAAACUACCUCCCACUGUGUGCCCGGAAUUUCCAGUACUUCUCGAUGGAAGCACCCACCUUUGUUUCCCGUGGAACUGAUGUCCAGAAUCUCGAUGAGCUUGAUUCCCCAGUAAUGGUAAAAGAGAUGCCGAAAGAUCUUAUCAACAGUGUCAAGGAUGGCAAUAAUCAGGAUAAUACGGAUGGGCAAACAUGUCCCCAUGAAGGUCUUAAAAAAAUCAUGGAGAAUGGCCAGAAAGAUACAAAUCCCCUGGAGACCGACGUCUAAAUCUAGGGGGAACACAUCAUAUUUCAUUUCGGACCUUUCCAAAUCCAUUCGGAACCAGUUAUGAUGUUACAUUCGGGCUAUUUGUAUAAUUAUACGUCAAAUUAAAGGCGUCAACCGCAUAUAAAUAUA